UAAAAUGCUGAUUGACCGAUGGUUAAACCAUUCAAUCUCUCACUGUGUAACUAUGUGCUUGUACAUAAGUGAAAAUUACAAAUCGUAGCAUGCGCACAACAUGCGGUAUCGCGCCAGUGGUUGAGUUACUAGUUAGGGCCAAAGUUGCCACAAUAGUCGAUGAUGUCGACCGGUAACACAUAUAAAUACAUACCGAGAGCGCUUCUGACGAGACUGCCCGCCGAAACCGCGUCGAGCACGCCAUCUUAGCGCACGCGCACCCGAAAAAUAAUUUAAAAAUAAAAAAAAUGAAUAAUGCCGAGCUUUAUCAGAAAAGCAACAACCUGCAGAAACGCGACGCACUCGAGUGCCUCCAGGAGUAUGCAAGAAAGAUUAAAUGGAAGAAAGAUGUAUCGGUGAUUGACAUAGGCUGCGGGGAUGGCAGCGUCACAACGGCGAUUACGAAGAAAUUUUUACCUAAUUGCAAGGAGAUUGUCGGGUGUGACAUAAGCAAGCAGAUGAUACAAUUUGCGAAUGACAAAUUUUCGUCGGAGACCACCAGUUUUAUGGUGCUCGAUAUUGAGGGGGACCUUCCGGAACAGAUGCGAGCUGAGUUCCACCACGCUUUUUCUUUUUACACCCUCCACUGGGUUAAGCAGCAAGAGCACGCGUUUAAAAAUAUAUACGAUCUACUCCAAGAUGGUGGGAAUUGUUUUCUCAUAUUCCUCGGACAUAUGCCCCUUUUUGACGUAUUUAGGAUCUUGGCACGGAGCAACCGUUGGAGCCUUUGGUUAAGAGAUGUUGACAAAUUUGUGUCGCCUUACCACGAUUCUCAGGAUCCGGAUAAGGAAAUUAAAAGGAUGAUGUGCAAGAUUGGAUUUACAAAUGUUGAAGUACAGUAUAAGCCGAAAUCAUUUAUAUACAAUAGUUUGGAGGCUGUUAAAAAAGCAGUAAAAGCGGUUAACCCCUUCGAAAUUCCGGAUGAACUGCACGAUGAGUUACUUGAGGAUUAUAUAGGCAUUGUUCGUGACAUGCAGCUCAUUGACAUUGAUAAUAAUAAUGUGGAACAAGUUGUUGUACGGACUAAUUAUAACCUAAUUAUUGCGUACGGUGAAAAGUGAAACUAUUUAUUGAACUAUGGAAAUAACAAUGAAGUAUGGUUUGGUUGAGGUCUGUGGUGUAGGGCUUUUUGUCUUUACUUUAUGGUACCUAGAUGUAGUCAGAGUUUAGUGUAACAGUAGAUCUGAUUGUUUUUAUUAUGGAUCCAUAUUUAAAGUACGUUUCAGUUGUCAUUCAUUGUACCAUCAAAACUGUUUAUUAAAAAAUCCAAAUAAGAAUACCUAAUUGCUAUCAUAAAAUUUACAGGCGUUUACCGUGGUUAUUCUGAUUAUCAACGUAUAAAUUUAACACCAAAUUAAAGUUUAGUUAUUUUGUUUUGACUAUUUUUAAAAAAAUCUAUUUCUGCUGUGAAUUCUUGGUUAUAUGUUGUCUAAGAAGUUAAAAAAACAUUGUUCAUAGUAUAUUAAUGACAACAGUGCCUUUAUACUUAUUAGUUUAAGUAUAACAUUUAAGGGUAGUAGUAUUUAAGUAUUAUGUCUAAAACUACUUUUUUAUUAUUUAUUAUGCCUAAUAUUGAUGUAACUUUUAUAAUUAUUUAUUUAAUAGGAUUAGUAUAGAUGUAUAAUGUAUGUAUACCUUUAAUGGAAUUGUGACGUACAUACCCAUCGAUAAUGAAACAAAAGCAGUUGUUAUUAUUAUAUAGAUUUCUCCAAAAACGUUAAUCUCCAAAUGUUGCUUUAAAAAAUAGACGAUCAAAGUCAGUAAAUAAUUUAAAAUUAAACAAAUCCUAUUAAUUACGAUUAAGUGAUAUAACUACUCCACACAUCAUAGUAUGUUAAAAUGUAAUUAGAAAAAACCAUUAUCAUCUUUCGCUUCAUUGUAUUUGUUUAAACGGAAAGAUGAAUCGCGUAGCGUCUCUGUGAUCAUAACGAAACAUAUUCACAUAUUUCUUGUUUUACAUUAGUAUAGUAUAGUAAUUGGGAGUGGAAAGAGUAUAUAUCUUACAAAGUACAAAAUAAUAUAGUUUUACACAU